UAUAGUGGAAGGGGCUAGGGUUUCAAGGGUGUAUCUCAUCAUUUUAUAUAAGAAGGGUGUAUUUUUAGAUCUGCUGCGGCUGGUGUGCGUGUGUGUGUCGGUUUGAUUCCUCAUUUUUGCUCUCUUUCUUUUUUUUUUUUCUCACUCUGCGCGCACAUUCAAAGGAGCUCUCUCUCUCUCUCUCUCUCUCUCUCUCUCUUUCUUUCUCUCUCUCUCUCUCUCUCUUCUUUGCAUGUCGGUUUGUUUUCCUUUUUAAGCCUCCGCUAAUUUCCGAUUAGCUCCCAUUUUCAUCGAUCAUUUUUAGCUUCUUUUAUCUCUCUUCUCUCUAUCUUCCGGUUCUCAUUCAAUUCCUGAUCAGAUAAAGCUUCUUUUUUUUUCUUUUUUUUUUCCUUAUUUUUAGCCGUUCUGUUUGAUUUAAGCUGUCUUCGGGUCCGAUCUCUUCCUUGAUUGCUUUAGCUUUCCCAGAAAAUCAAUUAGAUCUGUUUCGUUAUCUCUUUCUUACCAUUUCUAUCUGAUUGUUCUGUUUUGAUCCUCUCCUAUUGCUCUGUUUUCUAUCAGAACAGAGAAUCGGUUUCUCCAUCGGGUUUAUAAGCUUUGAGUGUCACAAACCCAUUUGUCUCUGAUACUCUUUCUUAUCUGGGUUGGUCUCAGAUCUUCAAAAUAGCUGAUCGAAAAUGUUGGAUCCGAGUGACAAACGAUCGGAGUCCGAAGACUUGAAUAGCAAAAAUCCAGAUGGCGUUUCAUCCGAAGAAACCCACAAGAAAACCUGCGCCGAUUGUGGGACUACAAAAACCCCUCUUUGGAGAGGAGGUCCAGCUGGGCCAAAGUCAUUAUGCAAUGCAUGCGGGAUCAGAAGCAGGAAAAAGAGACGAGCAAUUCUGGGUUUGAACAAAGGGAGUUCGGAGGAUAGAAAAUCCAAGAAAGGCAGUAGUAAUAGCAGUAACAGUGGGAAUAAUAACAAGCUAGGAGACAGUCUAAAGCAGAGGCUUUUGGCUUUAGGAAGAGAGGUUUUGAUGCAAAGAUCCACAGUCGAAAGACAGAGGAGGAAGCUGGGUGAAGAAGAACAAGCGGCUGUGUUAUUGAUGGCUCUCUCUUAUGGCUCAGUUUAUGCUUAGUUUUAGUUGUACUAAUAAAAAAAAAAAAAUUCAAAUUAUUAGGAGUGCUUCUUCUAACCUCUCCCUAUAAAGUGUACCUUCUCUUCCCAUUUAUAUCUGUCUCUCCUAUCAUCUCUAAAUUUUCUUUGUUCUUUAAUUUUGUAGCUGUUUUAGUUUUUUUCUCUUAUUCCUAAUUAAGUGUUAAACUAACUGUUUUGGGAUAUUAAGAGUAUUUGAGCAAGUGUAAGAAUUUAGAGAUUAAUUCUAAUUUUUUAUGACAUAAAUACCCAUAUUUCAUCUCGUA